AUGGCGGUCCCAACUCCAUCUCCCUCGGCGGGCGGUUCUUCCUCUACAACCCGCGUGGCGGAUCAUGUUGAGGAGAUGAUGGAACGACUUCGUCUGACGGCUGUCGAGGCGAGUCCCGUGGUGCUGGAUGAUGAGGAUGAGGCAGAUUUGGUGGCUCCGGAUUGCGCGUUGGUGGGGAAGGUUCUCUCCCCUAACAUCCUCCACUUGCAGACUAUCUCUUCUGCUAUGAGGCCUGCUUGGGGCAAUCCAAGGGGUUUGCUGCUCCAUCCCUACGGGGACAAUGUUUUUGUUGCUGAAUUUGGUUCCGUGGCGGAUAGAACCAGGGUGAUCGAAGGCUCGCCUUGGAUGGUGGGCAAGCACGCUGUCCUUCUCAAGGUUUUUUAUCUGAAUACCCAACCCCUUCAUGUCAAGUUUGAUCGUCUGGCUAUUUGGGCCCGUAUAAUGAACUUACCUCCAAGGUUGAGGAGAGCAAAACUUGGACUGGAGUUUGCAAAGCCUAUUGGUAAUAUCAUCAAGGUUGAUGCUGAUUCUGACGGGCGCUGUUGGGGUGGAUAUAUGCAUUUUCGGGUGGAGAUUUCUGUUGGUGAACCACUCGUGCGUUAUGUGACGGUAACUUCAGUCAAACUUCAGUCGACAGACACUUUUUCGGUGAUGUACGAGAGACUGCCCCUACACUGUUUCUCGUGUGGCCUCCUUGGCCAUUCUUCUGUCCUAUGCCCAUCCCCAGGUGUCAGGGAUGUGAAUGGGGACCUUCCAUAUGCAGCUAAGAGGAUCUGUGUUCAGGAUGAGAGGCACAACAGGGCUGGUGGAUCGAAGUCCUCAACGGCUUCUUCGUCUGCUGGUUCUGUUGGCAGAGCAGGCGGUCAGCGGCCUACUCCCUCUAGUCGUGCUAAAGCUGCUGCAACUAUGGUCUCGGAAGCGGCUGAGGGUGAGGUCUCUUCUCCUGUCAAACGAGCUGGUAGGGGUCGUGGUCGUACCCCCUCCUCCCGAGGGCGAGGGAGGGGUCGGAGUGCAGCUACGAGCAGGGAGUUGUUCUCCGGCAGCCAUGACAAUGUGGGUACAUCCGGACAAAAGAGGAAGGCGGCGAAAGCUAAGGCCCCUUUGGUGAUCUAUGACAAGGCAUCUUCUGAUGCAAAUGAUCUAGCUUUGGUCUUGGCAACGGACCCCCAAGCUGCUAAUGCUGGUGUGGAGCAGCUCGGUGAUGAGGACUCGAACAAAAAACAACGCACAUCAGACUCUCGAUCGGCGGAUCCGGCGGCGGCUGCGGCGCAGCCUCGCCUGACGCAAUGA